AUGUCCUCGUCUGGUGUGACCUUGCUCUUUUGCGUUCCAGAAACACCGAAAAGCACCACUUCUGUUCCACCACCGGUGCCUACAGUCACCACACCUUCGACAACCAGACCGCCAAGCAGCACUCCGAAAACCACGCCAACCACGUCUCCCUCCACCACAUCCAGAACCACUGCGUCAACUCAGACGGCAACCACCAACACGCCAAAGACCACUGCAACAGCCUCCACAAUCUCCACACCACCCACCCCUACGCAUCAUCCCAAAAUCCUAACCACCACAACCCCCUCCACCACAACAGAAUCCACUGCGCCUAGCACACCAACCCCGACAACCACAACAGGACCCGUGCCCCCCACCACACCCUCUCCUCCGACGCCGUCCACGACAACCACCACCACCUCGCCCACAACCGUUACCUCCACUUCAACCAGCACUCCAGUACCCACUGCCACAACUCUCACCACUGCUCCACCUACCAGCACAGAAACGCCCAGCACAACUCCUGCAACCACCACCGUCCCAGUUACCACGGGUAAGUCUCCUUGGCCGCUCUGCAGCAGCUUACAAGUCUUUCAGGACCCCUCUCUUCCCGUAGCGAUCCAAGGGGCAGAGGGAUUCCCACCUCCAGGUCCCACGUAA